UCAAACAUCUUUCCAUUUCUCUCUGUCUUUCAAUCCACCUUAAUUACUCAGAACACAGUUUUGUCUGAACUGAAACCUGUUUCAUUCUCUGAUUAACCUUAAACAUAAACAAUGGUUCUGUCAAAGACGAGUUCUGAAUCCGACGUUUCCGUCCAUUCCACCUUUGCUUCUCGCUAUGUCCGAACCUCACUUCCUCGGUUUAAGAUGCCGGAGAACUCGAUACCGAAAGAGGCUGCUUAUCAGAUAAUAAACGACGAGUUGAUGCUUGAUGGAAACCCAAGGCUGAAUCUGGCUUCCUUUGUCACCACCUGGAUGGAGCCGGAGUGUGAUAAGCUCAUCAUGGACGCCAUUAAUAAGAACUAUGUUGAUAUGGACGAGUACCCUGUCACUACAGAGCUUCAGAAUCGGUGUGUGAAUAUGAUUGCUCAUCUGUUCAACGCACCAUUGGGAGAAUCAGAGGCAGCCAUUGGAGUAGGAACAGUGGGUUCAUCAGAAGCCAUCAUGUUGGCUGGGUUAGCCUUCAAGCGCAAAUGGCAGAACAUGCGCAAGGCUCAGGGCAAACCCUAUGACAAACCCAACAUCGUCACUGGCGCCAAUGUCCAGGUUUGCUGGGAGAAAUUUGCAAGAUACUUUGAGGUGGAACUAAAGGAAGUUAAACUGAGUGAAGGUUACUACGUGAUGGACCCAGUGAAGGCAGUGGAAAUGGUAGAUGAGAAUACAAUCUGUGUGGCCGCCAUUUUGGGUUCAACUCUCAAUGGAGAAUUCGAAGAUGUCAAACUCUUAAACGACCUGUUAAUCGAAAAGAACAAACAAACUGGAUGGGAUACGCCUAUCCAUGUUGAUGCAGCUAGUGGAGGGUUUAUUGCGCCAUUUUUGUACCCAGAGCUUGAAUGGGACUUUCGUUUACCACUGGUUAAAAGUAUUAAUGUGAGUGGACAUAAGUAUGGAUUGGUUUAUGCUGGUAUUGGGUGGGUUAUCUGGAGAACCAAACAAGAUUUGCCUGAAGAACUCAUCUUCCACAUCAACUACCUGGGUGCUGAUCAACCUACUUUCACUCUCAAUUUCUCCAAAGGUUCUAGCCAAGUAAUUGCUCAGUAUUACCAACUCAUCCGAUUGGGACACGAGGGGUACCGGAACGUGAUGGAGAACUGCCAUGAAAACGCCAUGGUGUUGAAGGAAGGAUUGGAGAAGACAGGGCGGUUCGACAUUGUUUCUAAAGACCACGGAGUACCAUUAGUGGCGUUCUCUCUCAAAGACAACAGUCGCCAUGACGAGUUCGAGGUGGCCGAGAUGCUCCGGAGGUUCGGUUGGAUCGUGCCGGCUUACACCAUGCCGGCCGACGCUCAGCACAUCACCGUGCUUCGUGUUGUCAUCCGAGCGGACUUUUCACGCACUCUCGCCGAGAGGUUGGUGACAGACAUCGUAAAAGUGCUCCACGAGCUGGAUACACUUCCGGCCAGGAUUGGUCUGGCUCCAGUGUCGGGUGCAGCUGAAGAGAUUGAGAAGAAGGCCCAAGAGAAUGGAAAGAUUAAUGGCGUUGCCGUGGUGGUGAAGAAAACGCCCGAGCAGACUCAGAGGGAAAUCACAGCUUACUGGAAGAAGUACGUGAAUGAUAGGAAAACUAACAAGAACAAGAUCUGCUAGAUCAAUUUUCAUACUGAUUAAAUCAAUUGGUGUGGGUUACACUAAGGUCUUUUUUUUUUUUUUCCCCCUUUUGAGGAACGUUUAAUUACGCUCUUCUAAAGUCGUGUCUUAAGAAUUUUAUUUUAUUAUUUUGGCAGUUAACUAUAAUUGUUAUUGUGAUAUUGUCUUAUGGGACAAGGGUAGACCGAUGGCUUGGUGAUGGAAAUAAUUGUCUAAGAAGUUUUCUUUUAAUGAAUUGAAACAUGAAAUAUUUUUUGACAA